GGUGGAUUGGACGGUUGUACGCAUGUGCGCAUGGGCAGCAGUGUGUGAGAUGAAAAGAGAGGUAAACAGCUAACGGCUGGAGUCUUAAAACGGAUCAAAAUGGAUACACAGAAAGAUUUGCAACCACCCAAGCAGCAGCCUAUGAUCUACAUAUGUGGAGAAUGUCACACAGAAAAUGAAAUUAAGGCCCGUGAUCCAAUCCGAUGCAGAGAGUGCGGCUACAGGAUCAUGUACAAGAAGAGAACAAAGAGAUUGGUUGUUUUUGAUGCCAGAUGAAGAAGAAGAGAACAGCUGUUCUGAGUGUUGUUGUGUACUAUUUUUGUAGUGUAUGAGCAUGUAAAUAAAUAGACAUUCAGGCCUGAUUCCUGAUUUGUGAAUUAUGGUUAAAACCAUUUUCCAUAUAAACUGUGCUUUUUUUGCCCUAAGUGAUGAAUGAAAGUUUUGGUUUAUUAAAAAAUGACUUACACUGA